AUACAGGGCAUGGCAGGAGCCAAGCCCCUGAUCUAAGACACGAUCUAGAGUGGUUAUUAUGUCAAAGAGACUAACGAUGGAGAUUUUCUCAUCUUGGCACGUCAGUGGGGAAGACACGCAGGAGGCCUGGAAGCCCCUGGAGCUGUGGUCUGCGCCUGCCACCCCCGGAGUCAAGCACAAACAGAAGUCAGCUGUGCUGUGCCCAUCCCUGCGGCGCAGUGAAAGUAGGCGCAGGAGGAGGGAGCCCUGACGCCUCUUCUCCGGCUAGGGCCCCACAGCGGCGAGAGGACGGAGGGAGGGAUCGGGGGUCGCGGGGAUCCUUCCGGGACAGGCCUCCGCGGGAGGAGCUCCGGAAAGCCGCCCUCCACCUCCGAGGCCCCGCCUGCGCGGGCGCUCAGCUAGCGGUCGGGGUGGUGGUGGUGGUGGUGGUGGCGGCGGCGGCGGCGGCGCGGGGCGGGGCGCCGCGACCCCUGUUCCUCCCCCUGGCCGAGCGGCGGGCGCGCUCGCACCGCCCCCGCCCCCUUGUUGCAGUCGCUGCCGACCGGCUGGCUGGGCCUCGCGGCGUGAGGACCCCGGCAGCGCCGCAGUCCCGCGAGCCAUGGCCCAGUCUGGCGGGGAGGCUCGGCCCGGGCCUGAGACGGCGGUGCAGAUCCGCGUCGCCAUCCAGGAGGCCGAGGACGUGGACGAGUUGGAGGACGAGGAGGAGGGGGCGGAGACGCGGGGCGCGGGGGACCCGGCCCGGUACCUCAGCCCCGGCUGGGGCAGCGCCAGCGAGGAGGAGCCGAGCCGCGGGCACAGUGGCACCACUGCAAGUGGAGGCGAGAAUGAGCGUGAGGACCUGGAGCAGGAGUGGAAGCCCCCGGACGAGGAGUUGAUCAAGAAACUGGUGGAUCAGAUCGAAUUCUACUUUUCAGAUGAAAACCUGGAGAAGGACGCCUUUUUGCUAAAGCACGUGAGGAGGAACAAGCUGGGAUAUGUGAGCGUUAAGCUACUCACGUCCUUUAAAAAGGUGAAACACCUUACGCGGGACUGGAGAACCACAGCACAUGCCUUGAAGUAUUCAGUGGUCCUUGAGUUGAAUGAGGACCACCGGAAGGUGAGGAGGACCACCCCCGUCCCACUGUUCCCCAACGAGAACCUCCCCAGCAAGAUGCUCCUGGUCUAUGAUCUCUACCUGUCUCCUAAGCUGUGGGCUCUGGCCACCCCCCAGAAGAAUGGCAGGGUGCAGGAGAAGGUGAUGGAACACCUGCUCAAGCUUUUUGGGACUUUUGGAGUCAUCUCGUCAGUGCGGAUCCUCAAACCUGGGAGAGAGCUGCCCCCUGACAUCCGGAGGAUCAGCAGCCGCUACAGCCAAGUGGGGACCCAGGAGUGCGCCAUCGUGGAGUUCGAGGAGGUGGAAGCAGCUAUCAAAGCCCAUGAGUUCAUGAUCACAGAAUCUCAGGGCAAAGAGAACAUGAAAGCUGUCCUGAUUGGUAUGAAGCCACCCAAAAAGAAACCUGCCAAAGACAAAAAUCAUGACGAGGAGCCCACUGCGAGCAUCCACCUGAACAAGUCCCUGAACAAGAGAGUGGAGGAGCUUCAGUACAUGGGUGAUGAGUCUUCUGCCAACAGCUCCUCUGACCCCGAGAGCAACCCCACGUCCCCUAUGGCGGGCCGACGGCACAUGGCCACCAACAAGCUCAGCCCUUCUGGCCACCAGAAUCUCUUUCUGAGUCCAAAUGCCUCCCCGUGCACAAGUCCUUGGAGCAGCCCCUUGGCCCAACGCAAAGGCGUUUCCAGAAAGUCCCCACUGGCGGAGGAAGGUAGACUGAACUGCAGCACCAGCCCUGAGAUCUUCCGCAAGUGUAUGGAUUAUUCCUCUGACAGCAGCGUCACUCCCUCUGGCAGCCCCUGGGUCCGGAGGCGCCGCCAAGCCGAGAUGGGGACCCAGGAGAAAAGCCCUGGUGUGAGUCCCCUGCUCUCUCGGAAGAUGCAGACUGCAGAUGGGUUACCUGUGGGGGUGCUGAGGUUGCCCAGGGGCCCUGACAACACCAGAGGAUUUCAUGGCCAUGAGAGAAGCAGGGCCUGUGUAUAAAUACCUUCUAUUUUUAAUACCAGCUCCGCUGAAAACCACCUUCGUUUUCAAGUUUCUGACAAAUAUCUGGCAUGACAGAAUGGAAUUCAUUCCUCUUUGAGAGAUUUUGUAUACAUAUAGACCUCUUAAUUUAUCUAUCUGUAAUAUAUAUAAACCGGUACGCCAUGGUUUGAAGACCACCUUCUAGUUCAGGACUCCUUCCCAGCGUGGCCACUAUUUCGAUGAUGGCUGAUGUGAGUGAGUGUGAUGGCCCUGAAGGGCUGUGGGAUGGAGGUUCCCUUGGGAAACUCUGGCAGCAUCUCUCUUCUUUGGUAUGGAGUUUUUCCCUUCAGUGACUGAGCUGUCCUUGAUAGGCCAUGCAAGGGCUUCCUGAGAGUUCAGGAGAGUUACCUUGUGCAACAACAAGUAGUUAAGCCUUUAGCAUGGUGUCUUAUAGGACCAAAUCGAUGUUACCUGUCAAGUAAAUAAAUAAUAAAACACCCCACUGGGAGUGCUGACUUUGAGGUUA